AUGGAAGAAGAAAAUGUUAGUGUAAAUAAUACCACCAUCAAUGAUGGUAAUCAAUAUGAACAGAUAUCAAAUUUAAAUACAUCACAAGAUAAUAAUGAUAAUAUUUUAGAAGAUCAAGAUUUGAAUGAUAAGAAAAUAAAAGAUGAAGAAUCAGAAAUUGAGCAACUUAGACGUUUAAUAGCACCUUUAUCUAAAGAACAAUUAAUUGAUAUACUUGCAACUGCUGCAUCUAUACAUGAAGAUAUACGUGAUAGAUGUAACGAAGCUGUUACUUCUUCUCCAUCUACAAGAAGACUUAUGGUUCGUAAUAUUCCAUUUAGUACAAAAGAUGAACAAUUUUUAAAAUAUUUUGAAACAUUUGGUGAAAUAGAAGAUGGUAUUAUUGUUAGAGAAAAAGAAGGUCGAUCUAAAGGUUAUGGAUUCGUUACAUUUAAAUAUAUAGAAUCUGUUCAGAAGUGUUUAAAAACAACACAUACAUUAGAUAACAAAGAUUUACAAGUAAGAUUAGUAGCUGACCCAUUUACAGAUCAUUAUCAAAAUAAAUUAUUUGUAAGAAAUUUAUCACAAAAAACAAAUGUAACAACUUUAAGAAAUAUUUUUGAAAAAUAUGGAAAAUUAGAAGAAUGUGUUAUAAUACAUGAUAAUGAAGGAAAAUCAAAAGGAUAUGGAUUUUUAACAUUUUCAUCACCUAAAGAAGCUUUUAAGGUUAUGCAGCAACCAGAAAGAAUAAUUGAUAAUAGGGUUGUGUUCUUACAUUUUGCGGUUUCACAGAAUUAUAAAAAAUAUCAAAAUAAUCAUGCAUAUAUAAAAAAAAAUCAAAAUUUUAACUAUUAUCAAAAAAAUAAUGCAAAUAAUCGAAAUAAUUUCAUUAGAAGACCACCAGUUUAUUAUAGAGAAAAUGAAUCACCUAAUACUUUUAAUUACCCCGUUUCUUUUGUUCCGAAUGUAUAUUCCAAUAUACCACAUGGAUAUCAAUUUAACUAUCCUGGUAAUUUAGAUUCAUUUAAUGCAUUUUACAAUAAUCCAAGAUAUUAA